AUUUUAAAUCUACAACGAAUGUUCAUGAAUGUAAACAACCCACACCUUAAGAUGUCAAAAUGUUUACAACACAAACCGCAAAACGCUGUCGAGAUAUUAAAAUUUUACCUGCGGAGUUUGAGUAGAUGAACAAAACUUAAAGCUACGUUGUUUAUUUAUUUCCGCCAUUACAACAAACACGCGGUGAAGAUGAUUAAGUCAGUCUUACUAAUUGUAAUGUUAUUUACAAGUUGUCAUGGACAAUGGCCGCUUGGUCCAGGUUUCUACAGAGGUAUGAAUCAGCUGACGACAAAUUUAAACAAUAUGUCGAUCAGAUUACAAGAAAUGGGGAAUAGAAUGGCGCGUGAGCGCGAGGCAAAAGUUGCAGACGACAUGAGAAGGGCACAAGAAGGAGUGACGUUCGGAAACGGUGGCAAAAUUUUCAUAACGGCAAAUGGUGGACUUGGAUAUGCAUACAAUUCUUCUGAUGGUUCAUUCACAGUCUACAACAUUGAUAUUGGAAGUCCUCCGAGAGGAUACAUGUAUCACGCAGGACCACACGGCACAUCUUUCCGGAGUUGGUGAUUUAUUCCGUCUUCAUUAUGUACAUAGCUUCUGGAAAUUUGCGGUGCUGAUUUCGUUACAAAAAGUAAUUCAACUGUGCUUGUGUAUAUUCAAAUUUCCAUUAAGGAAACAUGAAUAUUUUCAGAGUAAAAAACAACAAAAUACAAACAAACAAACAAAACAUGGUAACUAUUUCACCAAAAAGCGUAACUCUUGAUUGAACGGUAUCUUUUAGUAGAGAACCGUAAAGCUAUAACGGUAAAAUGUUGUUUUUACCCCGUGAUUAAAUGGGAAAAUCCACAUUUUCCGAUUAUCGGUGGACUUA